AUGGCAAACCAAAACCCUCCUUCAAUUUUCAUAUCAAACUCUCAAACCAAUCCAAACAAAAAUUUCUCAGCCAAAAUGAUCUUCCAGAAAAUGAAAGCCAACUUGGUUUUACACUCAAAAUUGGCUGAACUAAACGGUGCCAUGGGUGACCUUGGCACUUACAUACCCAUAAUUCUGUCCUUAACUCUAUCAAAGAACCUUAACCUUGCCACCACUUUAAUCUUCACAGGUCUAUACAACAUUCUCACUGGUUUCAUUUAUGGGGUCCCUAUGCCAGUCCAGCCCAUGAAGUCCAUCGCCGCCGAAGCCUUAUCAGACAAAGACUUCGGCGUACUGGAAAUUAUGGCCGCCGGAAUCUUAACCGGCGGCGCGGUAUUUUUAUUGGGUGUCACCGGGUUAAUGCAGCUAGUGUACAAGUUUAUUCCUUUAUGUGUUGUAAGGGGAAUUCAACUAGCACAAGGUUUAUCAUUUGCUUUAACAGCUGUUAAAUAUGUGAGAAAAAUGCAAGAUCUUCCAAAGUCUAAAUCUUUGGGUCAAAGACCUUGGUUUGGAUUUGAUGGGUUGGUUUUGGCAAUUGUUUGUGUUUGUUUUAUAGUUUUUGUGAAUGGUUCUGGUGAGAAUGAGAGUGAUAAAAAAUGUUGUAAUAAUGGUGAAGAAAAUGAUGACAUUAGAACCUUUGAUUUGGGAGAAAGAAAAAGGACUAAUAAAGUGAAAAAAAUUGUUUUUUCACUUCCUUCUGCUUUUUUAAUCUUUGUGUUAGGUGUUAUUUUGGCAUUUAUAAAAAAGCCUAAUGUGGUUAAUGAAAUUAAAUUUGGACCCUCUUCUAUAAAAGUGGUGAAAUUCACCAAACACUCAUGGAAGAAAGGUUUUGUCAAAGGUACAAUUCCACAACUACCCUUGACAAUUUUGAAUUCUGUUAUAGCUGUUUGUAAGUUGUCAAAGGAUCUUUUUCCAGAAAAGGACUUUUCAGUUACUUCAAUUUCAGUGACAGUUGGUUUAAUGAACUUUGUUGGUUGUUUGUUUGGUGCUAUGCCAUGUUGUCAUGGUGCUGGUGGACUUGCUGGACAGUAUAAAUUUGGUGGAAGGAGUGGUGGUUGUGUGGCAAUUCUUGGUAUUGCCAAAUUGGUAUUGGGAUUGGUGUUAGGAACUUCUUUGGCACACAUUUUAAGGGAAUUUCCUGUUGGGAUAUUAGGUGUGUUACUUUUGUUUGCUGGAAUUGAACUUGCUAUGUGUGCUAGAGAUAUGAAUACUAAAGAAGAUUCUUUUGUGGCACUUAUUUGUACUGCUGUUUCUUUGGUUGGAUCAAGUGCUGCUCUUGGUUUUUUGGUUGGAAUGGUUGUGUAUUUGCUUCUUAAACUAAGGAAUUGGACAAAAGAUAAACCAUAAUUUAGGUCCAUAAAAUUACAUAGUAGCUUUGAAGAAAUUUUCUUUAAUAAAAUGGUUGAUGUGGUUAGUUAUUUAUUGUUAUGAGUGUAGUAUUAAAAUGUGGUUUGCAGGUGUAAUUAAAACUAUAAUAUAUAAGAUAUGAAGGUUUUUGCUACAAAAUUUGUAGAUUUUA